UAAUCAUGCCUUACGUUUUUUUUCUUUGUUUGUUUACCAAUAUUCGGCCCACUCAACCGCCUCCAUCAAGUGGUUUCAGUCUCUCUCAAUCGCACUUGCGGGAUCAUGAUUUCUUCUACUAAAUUUAUUACCUAUCACUACUGGAUCAACUAACGAUUGGUGUGUUACGUUUCUUUACUAGAACCUUCCUUUUACUCACACAGAGACACCGACGUGCAAAGACAUGCACAUAGUGUGUUGUCAAGUCUAUCCUUCCACAUGAUACUGACCAAUUUGUUUCAAAACCUAAAAGGCUACUAUGUUCAUGUUUGUCUAUAUAUUGUCAAUAUAUUGUCCAGAUUCAUUAUUCAAGUAUAUUACGCCUAUUGCCUCCUAUAACAUAGUUUGAAGGUAUAGCUAAAGAGCAUCUGAAAAUGGGUGUUCUAGAUGGUUAUCUUCCGGUAUUGGUUAUGAUAGGGUUACAGUUUCAUUAUGCACUGCUUGCCAUGUUUACAAGAGCUGCUCUAUUAGAUGGAUUGACUCCAACUGUCUUUGUAGUCUAUAGGCAAGGGAUAGCCACUUUGUCAUUGGCACCUAUCAUCUUUUCAUCUUAUAAAAGGAGACAAUCUUUGAAGAGUUCACUAGGAUGGAAGAGUUUCUCUAUGAUGUUUAUGACCUCUCUUAUUGGGGUUACAGCAAAUCAGAAUGCAUAUUUUAGUGGACUAUUCUAUGCAUCUUCUACGGCAGCCACUGCUAUGAGUAAUUUGAUACCUGCAUUAACUUUUGUAUUUGCAGCAAUUUUGGGAUUUGAGAAAAUCAAUCUUCGAAGUUUAAGAAACGUGGCCAAGAUAUUAGGGACAGUUUGUUGUGUCAGUGGAGCCUUAACCAUGGCAUUUAUCAAAGGACAUAAGCUAUUACACAUGGAGUUCUUUCUUCCUGAUUCCAUACAUCUCACUUCAAGUGGAGAUGAUAAUUGGAUUCUGGGUUGUUUGUUGCUCUUAGCAAGUAGUGUUUUUUGGUCUUGUUGGAUGAUUAUGCAGGUACCGAUUUCUGCAUCUUGCCCGGAUCAUAUAUUAUCGACUUUUUGGAUGUGUCUCUUUGCUACGAUACAGUCUGCUAUAUUUGCACUGCUGAAAGAGCAGAAUCUUCAAUCAUGGAUUCUACCUUCACCUUUACAAAUUUCAUGCAGUUUAUAUGCAGGAAUUGGAAUUGCUCUUAGUUUUUUCAUUCAAUCCUGGUGCAUAUCAGAAAGAGGUCCAUUGUAUUGUGCAAUGUUUAACCCUCUAGCAACUGUCAUCACAGUGUUAGUAGCUGCGACAUUCCUAGAAGAAGAGCUAUACGUUGGAAGUUUGGUUGGGGCUUUUGGAGUGAUCACUGGUUUGUAUAUUGUGUUAUGGGGAAAAGCCAAAGACUUUGAUGGGACAAAACAAAAACUGCCACAAUCAAACAUGGAGGAUGAUGAUAUAACUAAUAGAAUAGAUUUGGAAGAACCACUUCUGGCAGACAAAUCAAAAUCAGAGAUAAAGAUGGAGCCCUGAUAUGUUAAACUGAGGAUAAUCUUGGUGAAAUUUAAUCACUCAAAGCGAAAACCGGAUCAAGUAGCUACUUAGCGUGUGUUUGAUUCUGCGUUUUCUGAAUUUGAUAGUACUUGAGUUCAUAAAUUAAUGGAAAAGUGAUUCUUAUCAGUUCAGUUCA